AAAAAGGAAGAUUUUGGUUAAAGGAAAUCUUCUUAUCAAAUAAAGAGAUUUAGCGAUGACAGUUGAGUGGUGGCAAAAUAAUGUGUAUAUAUUUUGAUUUGGAGUUUAAAUUUGCAAAGUAAUUGGGAAAUUUGAGAAUUUAAUUAGGAAAAGUAAUGUAUUAUUUUGUAAAAAAGAAAACUAAUAUUAUAUAUAUAUAUAUAUAUAUAUAUAUAUUAUUUCUUCUCCAUCUUCUUCGUUCGCGCAAGGCGCAGACGCCCACCUCUCUUUCUUCCGUCCAUCACCGCCGCAAAUCCGACGCCCAGACCGAGCCGAGACGCCGCAGUGUGGUUGUCUCACGCCCGCCGUGUUCGGUCAGCCGCGCCGUCAUCCUCCAGAAAAACCCAGCCUCUCUAUUUCCCUCGAGCCGCCGCUGGUCUGCUGUGUUCCGUCAGUUGGGUGCUGCCUUCAGCUGUUGGUUUCGCCGGAAACUUGAGUUUUGGUUAAUUGGGUGUUUUUGGAAGCGUUUAAGCCGCUGUCCAGCAGCAUUAUUGGUGUUUUCUGGCGAUAUUGAGGUUGGUUCUAGAAAUUUACUCAAAGCUAAGGAGCUUGAUUGCUUGGACUAUAACUUGUGACUGAAUUUGAGGUUCAGUCUGAAGUUAGACAGUCUGAUUCUUUAAGCAAGAGAGGAACAAUGGGCAGUAAAGCUAUGUUUAAAUGGGCAAAAACAGUCACACCUGCUCAUGUUCAGCAGCUAAUACAAGCAGAACGAGACAUAAAGAAGGCACUUAUCAUAUUCGACUCUGCGACAGCCGAGUAUGCAAAUGGUUUUAAGCAUGAUAUAAAUACUUUUAGUCUCAUGAUUAGCAAGUUAAUUUCUGCAAACCAGUUCAGGUUAGCAGAAGCGCUUCUUGAUAGGAUGAAGGAAGAGAAAAUUGAUGUCACUGAGGAUAUACUUCUCUCCAUUUGUAGGGCUUAUGGACGUAUCCAUAAGCCGCUGGAUUCCAUAAGAGUUUUCCAUAAAAUGCCGGAUUUUCAUUGCAAGCCGACCGAAAAAUCUUACAUUUCAGUGCUUGCCAUUCUUGUGGAAGAAAAUCAAUUAAAAUUGGCUUUUAGAUUUUAUAGGGAUAUGAGAAAAAUGGGUAUUCCCCCUACGGUAACUUCUCUUAAUGUUUUAAUCAAAGCCUUCUGCAAGAAUAGUGGAACCAUGGAUAAAGCAAUGCACUUGUUUCGUACAAUGUCUAAUCAUGGGUUUGAACCUGAUUCGUAUACUUAUGGAACUUUGAUCAAUGGAUUAUGUAGAUUCGGGAACAUCGUUGAGGCAAAGGAAUUGUUGCAGGAGAUGGAGACAAAAGGUUGUUCACCUUCUGUCAUCACCUAUACUUCGAUAAUACAUGGUCUAUGUCAGCUGAACAAUGUGGAUGAAGCAGUGAGAUUACUUGAAGAUAUGAAGGACAAGAAUAUCGAACCUAAUGUGUUUACUUACAGUUCUCUAAUGGAUGGAUUUUGCAAGGCUGGUCAUUCUUCACGAGCUAGAGAUAUCUUCGGGUUGAUGGUCCAAAAACGCUUGAGGCCCAACAUGAUCAGUUAUAGUACGUUGCUUAAUGGACUUUGUAAUGAAGGAAAAAUAAAUGAAGCUUUAGAGAUUUUUGACAGAAUGAAACUCCAAGGUUUGAAACCAGAUGCCGGGUUGUAUGGGAAAAUAGUUAAUCGUCUGUGUGAUGUUUCCAGAUUCCAAGAAGCUGCAAACUUCUUGGAUGAGAUGGUCCUUUGUGGGAUCAAACCUAAUAGAUUAACAUGGAGCCUUCAUGUCAGGACCCAUAACAGAGUAAUUCAUAGUCUCUGCACUAUCAACGAUUCAAAUCGUGCAUUUCAGUUGUAUCUUAGUGUCUUGACACGUGGUAUUAGUAUCACUGUUGAUACUUUUAAUUCUUUGUUAAAAUGCUUCUGUAACAAAAGGGAUCUUCCUAAAACUUCUAGAAUUCUGGAUGAGAUGGUGAUUAAUGGAUGUAUCCCUCAGGGAGAAAUGUGGAGUACCAUGGUUAAUUGUUUUUGUGAUGAAAGAAAAGCUUGUGAUGCUAUGAAAUUGCUGCAACUCCAGUUGAUGGAUUGAUCUCAUGGGUCUACAAUAUUUAUUAAAUGUUGCAUUUCGUGAGCAGAUAUUAUUUUUGUGCAGCUGCACUUUGAA